CUUGACCCGGAUGUUGUUUCCGUGCGGCCGGUGAUGGAGCGACGCGAGUGAGAUAGCUGAAGCGAACUACUGAACAGCUCUACAUUGAGAAAUAAUUCACUGAAAAUCUAUAACUGAAGAGUAACCAUGUCUCGAACACGGCAACCACCACUGGUAACUGGGAUCUCUCCAAAUGAGGGGUAUCCUUGGACAAAAGUAACAAUCAGAGGAGAAAAUCUGGGAACAGGAUCCACGGAUCUUAUAGGUCUAACAAUUUGUGGGCACAACUGUUUACUGACUGCAGAAUGGAUAUCUGCAAGUAAAAUAGUUUGUCGAGUCGGGCCAGCAAAAGACGACAAGGGAGACAUCAUUGUAACCACUAAAUCUGGUGGCAAAGGAACUUCAACUGUUUCCUUUAAACUGAUGAAGCAAGAGAAAAUAGGUAUUCUGGAACAGUCAGCUGUCUGGGUUGAAGAAAUGAACUAUUAUGAUAUGCGCACUGAUAGGAAUAAAGGCAUUUCUCCCUUAUCUCUGCGCCCAGCAAAUCCUCUUGGUAUAGAUAUAGACAAAGGCAGAAUUCCUCAGAAGGACCUGGAAGGACUAUUUCAGGGUAUGAGUGGUGAUUUUACCAGUGAGAAGUUUUCUGCCACCUGGUAUCUGAUAGAAAAUCACUCUGCUACGAGCUUUGAUCAGCUGAAAGUUGCUGCAAAUUAUUUAAGGAAGCAAGCAAACAAGAAGAAUGAGGGGAGCUUAGCCUAUGUGAAAGGAGGCCUCAGUACAUUCUUUGAGGCUCAGGAUGCACUCUCAGCAAUUCAUCAAAAAUUGGAAGUGGAUGGGACGGAAAAAGUGGAAGGAUCUAUGACGCAGAGACUGGAGAAUGUACUCAAUAGAGCAAGUAACACAGCUGAUACACUAUUCCAAGAAGUUUUGGGGCGGAAAGACAAAGCUGAUUCUACAAGAAAUGCCCUAAAUGUUCUUCAGCGUUUUAAAUUUCUCUUUAAUCUUCCUCUUAAUAUUGAAAGGAAUAUUCAAAAGGGUGAUUAUGAUGUAGUUAUAAAUGACUAUGAAAAGGCUAAGUCACUAUUUGGAAAAACAGAGGUUCGUGUGUUCCAAAAAGUUUAUGCUGAAGUAGAGACACGUAUUGAUUCACUGAGGGUACGACUGAUGAAUAAGUUACUCGAGAUGCCAUCCACUUUGCAUGACCAGAAAAGAUAUAUAAGAUAUCUAUCUGAUCUCCACGCAUCAGGUGACCCUGCCUGGCAGUGUAUCAUGGCCCAACACAAAUGGAUUCUGCAACUGAUGCAAAAUUGCAGAGAGAAAUAUAUCAAAGGACAAAAAGGUUCAACCAUGCUACUUGGCCCAAUGCUGGAUUUGGACAGUGAUGUGCGACCUUCUCCAAUCAGUCGCUUGACUCAAGCUGGUUCAGUGAAAAGGGCCAGCAGUUUCCAGUCUUCUCGGGAUGACUCUUGGCGUUUUAAAGCCCCUCAGCCUGUAACCUUUGUUGACAAUCUGACAGAAAUUGUCAUAAGUCAACUGCCCAAUUUCUGGAAGCUUUGGAUAUCUUACGUGAAUGGCAGCCUUUUCAGUGAGACAGGUGAAAAAUCUGGUUCAGCUGAGAAAUUUAAGAAAAAUGCAAGAUCGCGGCAAAAUGACUUCAAGAAAAUGAUUCAAGAGAUCAUAAAUUCACUUGUGAAACUUAUUCGAGGAGCUCUUCUUCCAUCCAGCCUAGCUGAGGUUGAGCACAGGCAAUAUGGAGGAUGGGAAUCAAAAAUGGAACUUUCAGGCCAGUGGUUAACCCACAUUAUUCAUACAAUGAGACUUAACUAUGAGUCUUUGACAGCACUGGAAAUACCAAACGAUCUUCUGCAAGCAAUUCAAGAGCUAAUUUUAGAUUUACGAGUCCAUUGUUUAAUCAUUACAUUGCAGCAGACAGCUGAUGAUGUAAAGAGGCUUGCAGAAAAAGAAGACUGGAUUGUUGACAAUGAAGGAACUACCUCAUUGCCUGCUCAAUUUGAACAUCAUGUUGUGCAAACUCUACAGAGUCUUAAAGAAACCAUAGAUUGCAAACCUGGAGAAACCAAUAUAUUUCAACAUGAAAAGAACCAGCAACAUGUAUAUGAACUGUCCAUUAACAUUAUGAAGGCAUUUAUUGAUUCAUUAGAGUACCUGAGUACUAAAGCUGAUGGUGAUUCGGACAGUAUGCACCUUUCUGGCCUGUCUGUGGAUAUGUCUUCCCCAGAUUUACUUGCAAGCAUUCUUGAAAACUUCAGUCCAACUCCUGAACAGAAACUACUGAUUGUUCUCAGCAACUGUGAGUAUUUGGCACGCCACACCUUCAAGAAUUUAGCGCAACAUUUCGAGAUGCAUGCUUUCCAUGGCACAGAGAAAAUUGCUCAGGUUAGCAUUGAUACAGUAAAGAACCUGGACCAGCAUCUUUUUGAAACGUAUAUUGAACUAAAAGCAGAUCCAAUUGUGGGCUCUCUAGAACCUGGGAUUUAUGCUGGAUAUUUUGAUUGGAAAGAUUGUCUUGUACCAACAGGUGUCAGAACUUACUUAAAGGAAGCUUUAGUUAACAUUAUUGCUGUCCAUGCGGAGGUGUUUACAAUUUCUAAGGAACUUGUCCCAAGGGUUCUUUCACGAAUUAUAGAAGCUGUUACUGAAGAAAUGAGCCGACUGAUGCAAUGUGUGUCAUCUUUCAGCCGAAAUGGAGCGUUGCAGGCCAGGCUGGAAAUUUGUGCUCUUAAAGAUGCUGUUGCCUCAUUCCUGACUCCUGAAUGCAACUAUAGCUUCAAACAAGCCCUUGAAGCACUGCCCCAACUUUCCAAUGGAGCAGAUAAAAAGUUACUUGAAGAGCUCCUCAACAAAUUCAAGAGCAGUAUGCACUUACAGCUUACCUGUUUUCGACCUUCAACACGAAGCAUGGUAAAGACUUGACGGUGAAAAGGCCUGUGGGUACCUUAUACAGCAUGACAGAAUUUAGCCCUCUUUUUAAAAAUGAUUCUACUAUCGAUAUUUCUCCCAACCAACUUAAAUUAAUACUUAAACCGCUGAAGUAGAAUUCUAAAAUUCCUACAGUUUAUCCAUAGUUUCCUUGAUAUUUGUCAAGUAUACUUUAAAAAUGUAAUCUGCAACUCUUCGUGGUUUCGUGACAUAAUCGGUGUUUUGGACCUGGGAGUGGCACAGUUUUGCGAAGUUGCAAACAUGAAAAGAAAAGUAGUCAGAAGAAGGCAUUCAAACAACAGUGAUGAGUCCAGAUCCAAAAGAGAAUGUUGCAAGCUUACUUUUUAGUAUUUCCCAUAUGUUAUUUUUAGGGCCUCUUAGAAGACUUGAUGCAUUAAAGCAGACAGUACUUUUGCAGUUUUGUCAUCAGUAAGUUUAAAUAGCGAGAAUUGUGAACGUUGUUGGAUUUGUAAUGCUUUAAUUUCAUGGAAGAGACUUCAUUUGAGAGCGUUUUUUGCUUAUUAAUUUCCAUGUAUUUAG